CGAGCGAAAUGUCUCAUAAAUAUAGAGAAGAGAGACCAAUUGGUUGCUAAAGCGAGAUAUUACAUACCAGAAUACAACAACAGAACGUAUCAGUACUCUGUACACACAGUUUAGAGAAUUGUUUACGACAGAGAUAUGUGUAUAAGGAAGAAUAUUGGAGUUCAAUUUGAAGACAUGUACUGCACGUGUCCGGGGAAGUGUGAACAAAACAGCUUAGAUCGGGAGCGGUCCGACAGUGAUCCCUGUGUGCCAAUGGCCGGAAACACACGUCUUUCGGAGCAGUGUGCGUUUCGGGGUGGCUUCGAGGUACAUGUACCGUACAACUACUUAACAUAUCGUCGGGGAAAGCCGGGGAGUGGACUUUCGUGUAAUUCAGGCCCUGUAGAAGAUGUGAAAGACGUCUGUACAAAGACAUGUUCACGAUUUGUGCAGUAUUUUUCGGCCAUUGCCCUGGCCACAACCAUCUUGUACCUCAUAGCUGGGACAGGAAGCAAUGAAACAUCGAAACUUGUUACGUUUCUCCACAUUCUGAGCUUCGCCGCGCACUUCGGGGCCCAAUGUUGGGUGACAUUUAUUGCAGGAAUAACGAUGUUUUUCAAUCUCCCACGACUCAUGUUUGGGCGCGUUCAGUGCAGGCUGUUCCCCCUGUAUUUCGGGACGUGUUUAGGGCUGUCCUGCCUCACCUUUGUGACAUAUGCUAUGCGCUCUUUCCACGAAUCAAGGACAUCAGAAGAAACGCACAAGAUGUUCCUCCUCGGCGCUUGUAUAGCUUUGACAUUCCUCAAUAGCUUUUUCCUGGCUCCCGGCAUUGUGAACUCAAUGAUCCACAUGUUUGAAUUGGAGAAGGGCACGAAUGUCGCCUUGGCGGUCGGCUUUUGUGACCGGUCGGAACUCAAGAAACAGCCGGACUACGUGCAAUAUUACAAGCUCUUCAGAAUGUACCACAGCGUCUCAGGAGUGGCGAACAUAUUGACGAUGAUAUGCAAUGUGGUGUACGUGUACCAUCUGGCUUGUCUAUGUACAUUCUAGCGUCUAGAAAUAUACAACUGCUGGGAUUAAUCUUUUGUUGAAGAUCCAUGCACCUUUUCGCUCAACUCUCAUUAACAACAUGUGUUACGUUUAGAUAUCAACCCAUUGAUGUCAUGCUAAAUUCAAAUAUAAGUAAUGAGUUCACAAUUUGUAGCAUAUACCAUGUAUAAUGCGUAUUGAAGUGUAUAUAUAGCUAUAUAAGAAUUUUACUGUUUGAAUGUCUUCAGGGAUUCAAAUUUAAUUGUUUUACAAUUUAAAUACUUUUAAUACAUUUGUCUAUGCCUAUUGCAUGGAAUGCAAUUAUUUUUAAAUAAA